AUGACAGAAGCGCAGCUAUGGCAAUGUGUUGCCAAGGUGCCACUCAGCCUGUGCACUGGUCCUCGAGGGAGAGGUGACCAGAUUGCACGCAUUGAUUUUGGAGAGCUGGUGACUUUCACCUCCUUUCCCAAACGCAGUGUUACUGCCUCCGACCUACUGGCCCAUGGAUACUUGCGAUGCCGCAAAGUUGGGAAGGAUGGCCAAGAGAGCUCCCAGCAAGGUUGGGUCUGCUGCAACUCCACAAGCGGCGUGCACUUUGUUUUGUGCAGUGCUGACGAGCAACACGACCAGGCCACCAUGACUCCCCAACUUCCUGUUUCUGCACGCCGCAGUGGGUUCAGGAGCCCCGUCCAGAAUCACUGGCUCAAUGCCUUGCUGCGCUUGCGAGCUCCUUCUUCUGCUCAACUGAAGGAUGCGGUUGGUUUCCGUAUGGUGCUUGGUGGGCUGCGUGGGAAAUUUAGAGGAAUCGUAGUUUGUGAUGCAAUGGCCGGCUAUGGUAUGGCGGCAAGGCCGUGCUUUGACAGGGUGGCCCAAAAAUGGCUGUCCGACACUUUCGCAGAAGAUGCAGAUGUGAUUUCAAGUUUGGAAUUGGCGGGUUUACUGGAGAAGCGGAGCAUUGAGGACCGGCACCGGCUGGUUUUGCUCCUGGUCCAGGAGCCCCAUGUUUGGGCAGCGCGGGCACUGCUUGGGGGCUUCUACGGAGCCUCCUUGGUGCAGUGGAAAGAGGGCGGCCGAGAGCUGGAAUUCUCGAGUUCUGACGCCGCAGACUUGCAAAGUUGGUUGAAAGGGCCGCUGGAGUGUGCGGGCAACGUUCAUUUGGAUGGGCUAAUGUCACUCUGGUCCUGGUUUGCUCAAGAUUUGGCAAAAGCGGCUGCUGCGCCUGCCUAUUGUCAUGUGGCCAUUUGCCGUGUGGAGGACUUGGGAACUUAUACGCAUGGCAUUUGCCGGGCUGUUAUCGAAUAUGUCAACCCUUUGCAAUUCAUGGAGGAUGCUGUGGUUGGUGCGUGUUCUCUCGACUUGCAGCUCUCGGGUGCCAUCCCUCCAGUCACAGAGUUGCGCCGCAACGAUGCCGCUGGCGCUGCAGCGAUAGUUCUCAGUGAGCGCCGUGCAGCAAACGAGCUCAUUGCCAAGAAUCGUCAGCAGGCUGUGGUGCAUGAAGCACGGCAGAUUCGUUCUGCGCAGUGGAAAUUGCAAAGUGUGCGUCCGACCUCAAUGGACAGCACCCGUGACGGGUCACCCUUUCACAUGCAUAACCAUAGCCCAUGGUCAGACACCUCAGAUGGGGAUGGGCUCUCUUCCAAUGUUACCCCGCGUCCUGGCGCAGAGUCUUCGUUAGCGCAGACAGAGCGGUCGAGAACCGCUCCUUCGCUGCCCCUUGGGAAAGCUUUUGAAGACAUGCUUGCCAACUACUAUAGGACGCAUGAAGAGAUUCAGGAUGCCGAGUUUGCUGCGGCGCAGAAAGCUCGCCGUGAGGAAUCAGAACAGCUGCAACGUGAACAUGUUCGCCGAGAACAUUUUGAAAUGCAGCACCGCAAGCGGGAAUUUGCGAUAGUCCAUGAACUACAUCGGCGGGAACGGCGCCGGGUCUUCGAUGAUACCCGGGCUGUGCUCGUGACCGACCGACUUGCAGAAGAACAACGGAAAUUGCGCUUUGAGCAGCACCUGCGAAAGGAAGCAGCUAAGGAGCAGCGGGAAGAGCGCAGAGCACGCAGGGCAAAAUAUGAAUCUCACUUUGACUUUAUUCUCAGUCAAGAAGCUUUGGAUCGAGCAUGCAAUAAGGCAGAUAUGCAAAAGCACUGGCAGACCCAGCGUGCUCAAACAAAGGAGAGGGUUGAACAUCGCAAAGAUAAGUGGACGAAGCGGUCUGGGCAGCUACGGGCCCGAAGGCUGUUCCAACAAGAGCAAAAGAGGCUGUGCAGCCGUGAGCAGGAAAGGCAACACGCAUACAAUGCGGCAAAGCAGAGGGCUGCGCAUGAGAAGGAGCUGGUGCAACGUCAGGAAAAUGUGCACUUGCACCAUGUACUCAAAACCAUCGUUCGCGAAAUCCAGAAGGAACGAAAAGAACUAAAAGACGGCAAAAAGCCAGUUGUCACUGUAGUCAGAGCUGAUGAACCUGCUGCGCCAGGAAGCAGUCGAGAGAACGGGCCACUGUCUCACCAAUCGAACGAUGUGAUAACCUCAUUAAAUGAUGAGGUAUGUGCUGUCCUGGGCAUUGAGCCCGAUGGAGGCACAAUCACUCGUCAGCAGGAAGUUCGCAAUCCGCAACCGUGA